AUGUCAAUGUGCACUGGUCGUGGUGCAAUGCCCACUGGCACUGGCAUCUACUCUUCGGUGCUGACUGUGAUCUCCACAAUUCCACCACUGCGAUCCCAGCAGCCUCCGUCCUGUUUAUUCUUUGUCAAAGGCCCUCGGAAAUCAGCAAGGCAAUUGGUAUCAGAGCGUCACUUCUUCAGCAGUUUGAUUGCCUUAUUUGCCCCACUUGCACCGCUAGGACUCUUUGCCGCUCUUGCUUCUAUUAUGUUCGGCCGUGGUGAUCGUUAUCCCAAAGCAAAGGUCAGAGAAAGGGACAUAGCACUCUUCCGGUUGCCAAAGACUUGA